AUGGCCCUCAAUGGAAACGAAGCGACGACCGCCGCCGUGAAGCUUGCGCUCAAAGAGCACUCCUGGUUACACCUCGCCUGCCAUGGCUGUCAAGAGAUCGAUGACCCCUUGAAGAGCGCUUUCGCGCUGUAUGACGGCCGAUUGUCCUUGUCGGAUCUGAUGGUGACCACGGCCGAUAACGCCGAGCUCGCUUUCCUCUCCGCCUGCCAGACUGCCGUCGGGGACGAGAAGAUCCCCGAGGAGUCGAUGCACCUCGCGGCGGGCAUGCUCGCCGUGGGGUAUAAGGGCGUCAUCGCGACGAUGUGGUCGAUCCAGGAUGACGAUGCGCCGUUGAUCGUCGAGGCGUACUACAAGAAGCUGCUCGAGCUUCGCGCGAGCGGAACGCUUGGGCCAGGAGAGACGGGCGCGGCAUACGCACUCCACGAGGCAGCGAAGAGAUUGAGGGAGAAGGUUGGAGAUAAGAGUGUCGUGCGGUGGGCGCCGUUCGUGCACUUCGGGAUAUGA